AUGACAGAGAACAACCCACUGGAAAACUCAACAAAAAUCAAUACAAAUUGUCAACAAUGCCAAACCCCUAACAAAAAUCCUGCAAAAGUGCAUCCAGUUGCAAUGACAAUGAUGGAAGAGAAAAAUAAAGAUACAUUAUCACCGCGGUCAUCAUUAACAAUUGGUAGAAAAUUAUCGCCUAUGAGAACUAAACCAAAAUCACCAAUGCGUACUCCUGCUGAUAACGGUAAGACACCGACGAGCAACAAUGCUAGACCUGGUCCAAAACCAAUACCGCCGAAGAUUAUCAGUCGACGUUCCGACUCGGAGGAGUUUUUCCCACAGGUACGGGCUGCGUUUAACUAUCCGAGAACACCGCCGCCUACUCCACGCAUGUCGGGUGCCGGGAAGACCAAUUAUGAUAAUAAUAAUAAUAACAACUAUGGUAAUAAUUAUAAUAAUAAUAAUUAUAAUUAUAAUAAUACGGCAAUUGAUCGGAAUGCUUACGCUAAAGUGGUGGAAGAAGUUGAGGAGUUAUCGGAUACUUCAUUGUCGGUUCAGCAUGAUUUGCAUAUGGAAAUUGCGGCGAUGCAUCUGGCGAUUCAGAAACGGUGUUGUUUAGCCGCGGGAUUUAUUCUUUUACUUAUUGUUUUAUAUAUUUUUAUUAAAUACUAA